AUGACAGAAAUAGCGGUCAAAACGAUAGCAUUUAAUUCAAACCAAUGUCUUAGACAAGCGGUUCCGUCGGACCGAUUGGUGGCCAAUUUGACGCCUAUUUGGUGGACACAAACGCGUGGACUGAAAGACAAAGACAUACUGAAGAUCAGAUGCAGUGACUGUUACUUCAAGAAAGUGGACGACCGGUGGUGGGUGUUGUGUAAUACACAUCCCAGACAUAAACAGCGACAAAAGGUGAUCGAUGUCCGCACCAAAUGGAUUGUCACUCACACCACGAGAACCGGUUGGCCCUUCAGAAAGCACUAUCAAUAUCCGGGACACGACUUAUAA